AUGGGCGAUGUCGAGUCCGCGACAGUCAAGCUCGCUGAGCUGCUACGACAUCCAGAGGACCUCGACAAGAUCCCUGCCCUCAAGGCCGAAUUCACCCGCAAGAAGGCAGCUGUCGAUGGUCAACUGCGCCAUGGCCUCAAGGAGCAGCUGGAGCUGACUCAAUCGGGCAUGAGUAGCAUUACUGAGGGACAGCGGACCGUCAACCUGAUCAAGGAGGAGAUGAUGAAGAUUGACAAGCUGUGUGCAGAGGCCCAGAACAUGAUCCAGGACUUUCCCCACAUCAACCUGGUAGCCCAGACACACAAGAACUUUGAGUCGGUCGAGAAGAUGCGAACCGAUAUCGAGAGCUUCGCACAGCGCCUGGAGAACCUCGAGAUGCUGUUGGAAGAAGAUGCCCAAGAUCCUGCCAACCAACCCAACCUACUGCAGGUACACUACGGCUUGACGCAGCUGCGCGACAUCCGUGACGAGGCUAUAGGGCAGAUCAAGAACAGUGACAGCUCCACGGAGCUCAUCGACAACCUCACCCUUGAAAGCGGUGUCACAGUACAAGAUCUCUUUACGCGAUUGGACGACGUCGUCGAGUGGUUUGACAGGCAUGUUGGCGAGGCUUGCAUAAACUUGAUUGAGCUGGUCCAGGCUGGCAACGAUGGCAUGGUAGUGCGCCUGGCUGUCGUCGUUGAGGAGGAGGAGAAGACGGACAAGAAGAUCAAGGCUUUGCAGGAUGCUCAGAGAGAAUUUGGAGACCUUGCUUCGCGCUUCAAAUCCAUUGCUCAAGGUCCCAAGGAGCUCCGUGGAUACAAAGAGAAGUUCAUCACGUCGAUUGAAUAUGUUUGCAAGGCACAAAUGGACGAAGUGAGACAAAAGUUCAUGGAGGACCCCGAGAAGAUUGAAAAGUACUUCAAGUGGUACUUCAACAACCUCAACACCGUGAAGCUAGGCAUGGUUAACCUGAUGCCCAAGAAGUGGAAGAUUUUUGAGACAUAUACCAACAUUUACCACACCCAGAUGCACGACUUCCUGAUGAGUUUCGCUGAUGACGAGGCCUUGGGACCACAGUACCUGCUUGGUGUUAUCAACUGGGUGGACAAGUACUACACCAAAAUGCAGAAGCUCGGUUUCUCGGAAGAGCAGCUGCAACCGCACGUUAUUGAUAACCGUAGUGCCGAACUGAUUCGCACAUAUCGCUCAGUCAUCAUCCAGGCAGUGGACCAAUAUAUGGAGCGCAUCAACAGCCAAGAUAGGAAAAGCUUCCUGGAUCAGGACAGAUCUGCAUAUGAGAUCAAUCCCGAUGGCAUUUACCAGACGAGAUCGCUGGGAGAUGUUUGGACGCUGUUCAGCCAAAACAUUGGCGUCGCAGCGAGCAGUCAGCGUCCUGACGUGGCCGACGGUGUGGUAGACGCCAUGUUCCGCGCUUUGAUUUCACGCCAGCGCAUAUGGACUCAGCUCAUAGACGAAGAGAAGGCCAAAUAUGUCGGUGCCAAUCCUACGCUUGAUGGGGAUGGAGUGCCCGUCUUCCAAGAAUGGCUCGUUGCACUCGCAAACGACCAAAUUAUAUGCAUUGAUGACGACCUAGACGGCAGUGGCCGUGCUUCAUUCUUGAGCGUCUUUGAGCGCGAAGUAACGCCCAUUGUUUCGCAAGAUUACAUGAUUGACAAGUUGUCCAAGAAUAUUGACGAAGUCAAGAACGGGUACAUUGACAUUUCGUCGCACUGUAUACAAACCUUUUGCGAGCUAAUCUUCCUGACGGACUUCAAGCCCAUCUUUACCAAAUUCUUUACGCCGGAGUGGUAUUCGAGAACAGACAUGGCAUCCAUCAUCUUGACCUUCAGAGACUAUCUCGCUGAAUUCGAGGGACAGCUUCACCGCUCGCUGCGUGACCUGAUUAUCGAUUCCCUUGCCGAUGAGCUGCUCGUACAGUAUCUGGGAGCCGUACGCAACAAGGGUGCAAAGUUCAAGAGAACGGACCAAUUCGGAGCCAAGAUGAAAGACGAUCUCCUCACUGCGUUUGAGUUUUUCAGGUCGUACGGAGAGCAGGGCGCAGACAUCAUGCAGCGAUGGCGUGCUGUGCAAGAAUUUCUCAACUUGCUUGAAUGCGACAAGUCCCAGGUUCAGUUUGUUUAUGUGCAGUUCAAGUCUGCCUACCGGGAUGUCAGUAUUAGUUGGGUCGAAGCUGUGUUGAGGACCAGAGAUGAUUUCGAUAGGGGCAUGUUGAAUGCAGUCAAAGCAAAGGCUGCAGAGCCUAUUGCGGAAGAUGCACCUCCUGACCCGAUCAUGGGAAGAGUGAAGUGA